AUGGCAGACCAAAUUGCUCAAAAAGAAACUUUGCAAGAUGCUCCAGCGACUCACCAUCCUCAUAUACCUCAUAUUACCCACCUUACCCGCAUCCCUCCUGCACAAAAGCGCGAUGAUACCGGGCAUCAAGAAGAUGUCAAGUAUGCUCAUCUCCUCGCAAAGGAGGAGAGCGAUAUUCCACCCGGAUACUUCAGAAGCGUUCGGUUCCUUGGCACAAUGAUCUCAAUGUCACUGACAGUUGUCUCAUCCUACUUUGGAUUUGCUGUCCCUGCCUCCGUACUCACGUACAUUAAUCUCGACAUUGGUCCUAGUCAAAACGCAAGCCUGUUUGUCAUUGUCUGGACGAUGUGCAAUGCAAUCAGUCUCUUGAUCACAGGGCGUCUGUCGGACAAGUUCGGAAGACGAUACUUUCUGCUCUUUGCUGGAGCCCUGGCCGUGAUUGGCGGGAUUGUUGCUUGUACUGCAAAGACGAUGAAUACUCUGAUUGGUGCCAACGUUAUCAUUGGUAUGGCUUCAGGUGUACACUCUUCCCAGUCAUUGUUUACUGGAGAGCUUAUUCCACAUCGACAUAAAUUUAUCGGCAUUAUGUUGAUUUUGAUUCCUAUGGUGACCUCCACUGGGCUCGCAGCUUACAUAGGCAGAGCGCUUGUCGAGACGCGUAGCUGGAGAUGGAUAUAUUAUAUUUACAUCAUGAUAGUUGGUUCUGGCUGGGUAAUACAGAUCGUCAUGUACCACCCGGCUUCAUUUGUUCAACUCCACGGUGGCUACCGAUCAAAGGCAGAAGAAUUCAAACGCGUAGAUCAUUUUGGUCUUCUCUUUCUCAUUUCCGGGCUCACAUUAUUCUUGCUUGGAGUUUCGUGGGGUGGAAAUCCUCAGCCAUGGACCUCUGACAAAAUUCUGAGCUUGAUCAUCACUGGUGGAGUAACCCUCAUUAUUUUCGGCGUCUACGAGGCCUAUACAUCUAGUCCGAAUCCAAUGGUCGACUUAACCCUGUUCAAGGACAUCCGAGGAUAUUUAUGCUUGAACAUCGUGUCCAUGGCUGCAGGUGCUAUGUAUAUUGCACUGAGUGUCAUAUGGCCUCAACAGGUGUUCUUAGUAUAUAGUCCUUCAACCUCUGAGUGGCAAUCUCAGGCUUGGAUGAGCACCACAAUCGGUUGGGGAAUCUGGGGUGGAAUCGUUCUUCUCUUCCCUCUUGUCAAUAUCGUCAAGCAUGUACGAAGGCAGAUUUUAGGCCUUCUUAUCUUGUCAGUCAUCUUCACUGCUGCAUUAUCUCAAGUUGGACCAGGAGAUAAGAAACAAGCAAACGCAUUCUCGUUCUUGACUGCUCUCCCAAUCGGAUGGCUUGAAACAGGCACAACCAUCAUUGUGCAACUCGACGCUGCUGAUGCGGAUGUUGGGAUGGUUUAUGCUAUUCUCUCCAGUCUCCGCUCCAUCUCCGGCGCCACCUUCACAGCUGUCUUCACCGCGAUCCUAAACUCCAAAGUAAAGUCCGGCAUAGCCUCACAGGUCCCUAUUGCAGCAAUGGCAGCUGGUCUUCCAGAGGCCUCUUUACCCGCCCUCUUUGGAGCCAUCGCCGCCCAGUCUACCGCAGCAUUUGCAGCCGUUCCCGGCUUCACGCUUGAGGUCGAAGCCGCCGUCUCAAGCGCCCUUGUUGAAGCCUACUCUAGCGCCUUCAAGUACGUGUAUUAUACUGCACUAGCCAUUGGCAGCGUGGCAAUCAUCGCAGCGGCGUUUUUGAAGGAUUAUGACCCUCUGAUGACAGGACAUUUGCCUAAGCAGGUUUAUGCCUAUGUAACUAACAAGAAGAAACCGGAUAAAAUGGAUACAACAGCAUUCGAAGUUACGCAGGAAUAG